AAGGAUACAAUCCCAAUCCCCAAACCACCGGCAGUGUGUAAGAUAAGAAAGAAAGAAAGAAAGAUGCCGGUAUUCAAAACGCCGUUUAACGGUUACUCCGUGAAAUUCAGCCCCUUUUACGAAAACCGACUGGCUGUGGCGACGGCGCAGAAUUUCGGGAUCCUUGGUAACGGGAGAGUUCACAUUCUUGAGCUCACUCCAAACGGACCAAUUUCGGAGCUUGCCUCGUUUGACACGGCUGAUGGUGUUUACGAUGUUUGCUGGUCCGAAGCUCACGAUUCCCUCGUAAUCGCUGCAAGUGGUGAUGGUUCUGUCAAACUCUACGACCUUUCUUUGCCUCCCACCAAUAACCCCAUUCGUUCUUUUAAGGAACAUACACGAGAAGUUCACUCUGUAGACUAUAAUACCGUCAGAAAAGACUCCUUCUUAUCAGCCUCUUGGGAUGAUACUGUCAAGCUAUGGACAGUCGAUAGAAAUGCUAGUGUUAGGACUUUUAAGGAGCAUGCUUAUUGUGUCUAUUCCGCUGCUUGGAAUCCAAGACAUGCUGAUAUCUUUGCUUCUGCUUCUGGGGAUUGUACUACUCGCAUCUGGGAUGUUCGCGAACCAGGGUCUACCAUGAUUCUUCCUGCACACGAGUUUGAAAUCCUGGCAUGUGACUGGAAUAAGUACGAUGAUUGUAUCAUUGCAACCGCAUCAGUUGAUAAGUCAAUCAAGGUUUGGGAUAUUAGGAAUUAUAGAGUGCCAAUAGCAGUGCUUAAUGGGCAUGGAUAUGCAGUGAGGAAAGUGAGGUUUUCACCACAUAGAGCGAGUGCGAUGGUUUCUUGUUCAUAUGACAUGACCGUUUGCAUGUGGGAUUACAUGGUGGAAGAUGCACUUAUUGGGAGGUAUGAUCAUCACACAGAGUUUGCUGUUGGAGUUGAUAUUAGCGUUCUCGUUGAAGGUCUAUUGGCUAGUACAGGAUGGGAUGAACUUGUUUAUGUUUGGCAACAUGGAAUGGACCCUAGAGCUCCUUGAUAAAGGGAUGUCAAACUUUUUCUUCUUUUUACUCAUGUACUUUAUUUUAAAAGCAGAAGUGAUAAACAUAUCUUUUUCAGUCUCUUAUCAUGUCUUCUGUUGAGGUUAUAGAAUAAUUUGAAGUUUCGUUGUAUUUAAGAUUAUGGUAAAACCUUGAUGAAUAACAUUUACACCAAACAACUUUGAUGUUUCAAAAAAUAUGCACUAUAUUCAAUC